AACGGGACCCUCUCUAGGAGCAUGGGCUUCCGGCGCGCUCGCUCGCCUCUCUUCCCAAGGCGGCAUGGCGCUGCCUUUCGACUUCGAGGAGUCGGUCUUCGAGGGGCGCUGCCGGGAGGGGAAGGGACGUGGCUCCGCCUCUCCUUCCCUCGGCUACAGCCCCCGGUGCUGUGAGCCCGAGUGGUUUUGUGAGGAAACAGACUGGGAGGAUGAUGCCGAAUGUGUCAACAUUAAAAAAUUCAGAGGAGAUUUGGCAUACAAGCAGCGAGAAUUUAAGAAGGCUCUGUGCGAAUAUUCCGGCUGCCUCACGCUGCUGCCUCCCAGCAACGCCGCCAUGCGGAGAGAUGUGCAAGAGAGCCAGGCUCGUUGCUUUGCUCACCUGGGGAGACACAAGGAAGCCUUGGAGAUCGCAGAAACGCUGAGACUAGGAGCAACAAACACCGACCACAUAACAACCGUACUAGGGCUACAGCUUGCCAUUUACCAGACUCUGGAGCGUGUCGAGGAAAUAAUUGGGUGCUUACAGCCGCUGAUUUUGUUGCACCCCUUUCACCCAGGGAACUGGAAGCUGCUUGCUGAAGCUUAUGCGAAACUUCUACAGUUUCCAGCUCCGUUGUCUCUGUCAGAGGCAGAUCUCUUGCACCCCGAUGGCUUGACUGCAGGCAACGGUCUCAAAGCUUCGGCAGAGGAAUCCAGAUCCCAGUGCUGCAAAAAAGACAGCUCAAGGAAGGGUUCCUCUUUGCAGUUUUCUCCCUGGACAAACAACAGCUUUGGAUCUUGUGAGGAACGCCAAACAGAAAAGGGGCAUUUUGGUGCCUUGGGAAGGACAGGGGCAUUGCAUGCGACGAAGGCGGCUGUGCCUGAUUCCUCGGGACAAGAAGGGUCUAAAGAUUUUUGGAUAUAUGCUUGCGCUUCCUUCAUCAGAGCAAGGCUCUUGUUGCAGCUCAUGCAGUCGAAUCAGUCUUCCUUUGCGUUAGAGCGUAACUUGAAGGCUCAGCAGGAAAUUGAAGACAAAAUCACAUCCUUUGGCGUGAAAGGCGACGCCUUGUUUUUGAUGACUGAGGUCAUGGGAGAGGACCUUGUCCCAGAAAAGCUCAAGGAGGAUGCUCAGGGAGAGGUGAAAUGCUUAGGUGCUUCAACCUUGGCAUCCAUGAUGACUGUGACUGCCGUGGAAUUUGAAAGGAAGUGGUUUCAGAAGCUCAGAGACCAGUUGCCACACUUGGACUGUCACACAUAGCGCAGUGUGCCUGCACGGACACUCUUGGAUGCAUUUUUGGUUUUUCCUGGUUAUCAAGAUGAUUUGUAUGUAAGUGCCUAGAGCAGUGGUCUGCAACCCGCGGCUCCGGAGCCGCAUGUGGCUCUUUUACACCUUUGCCGCGGCUCCGGGGCGGAUACUAGCGAGGGGAGGAGGUGCAUUGUGCGCCCCGACACUCCCCACUGUGGCGGGCGCUGUACUGGCUGUGACGUCACAUGGGGGCGGUGCGUGCGUUAGUCACGCACCGUCCCGACGUCACCUUCCCACCCGCUGUCAGGUUGCGGCUCCGGAGAUAUAUUUGUUUUAAAUGUCGCAAUGGUUUUGCGGCUCCCAGUUUUUUCCCUUCGGAAACGGGUCCAAGUGGCUCUUUUUGUCUUAAAGGUUGCAGACCCCUGGCCUAGAGGAUUGUGCUGGCCAGAGAAGAAUUCCACUCCUGAAACUGAUUCCAUCUGUCUGAGCCUGGGAUGGUUGCCCUCUUCAAUGUUACAUGAGAGUGGCUUGGCCAGCAUGGGGAAGGUUAUGAACUUGUUUUUGGCAAGGCGAUUGAUGAAUGGCAUGUCAGGAGUUCAGCCUACACUUGCCCGACUGGCAUGUUCUCUCCCUUCUGGUCUUUCGUUCGGGAGCUUCAUAAGCUUUCUUCAGCCUGAACACCACAGCGAGUGAUGCCAACAGACAUCAGCACACUUAGGGAUCCGCAGAGUUUGCACAACUUGCGUGACAGACCUCAGCAACUCAGCAUUUUGGCUAAUCUACUUUAUUUAUGUAUAAACACACAUGGAGCACUGCAACAUGGCUCCCUCUCUGUCUAGCAUCAGACAGCAAAGAGAGAAAAGAACAAAGGAGAAUAGUCCCACUUCAUGGAACACAGUGACCCAAACAUCCUGUCUCCGUCACUUCCCACUUUGUGGAGUCAAAACAUACACCGUCGUGUGAUAGACAACAAUCCCAUGACUGCAAUCAUGGAGCAGGAAUUCUAACAUAGCAAGCCAUUUCCCAUGCUGCUGGUU